UAUUUUCUGUAAAUCAUCGUAUCUUGGUUCGAUUUCAUGGGUAAUAGCCAGUGAUUUCUUGAAUUAUUGAUCAUCGUCUCACAUUCAUCGAAUAGUUGCAGAAAAACUUUUGUUUUUCCCUUUCUCCCAGAAAAAUUCAAUUUUUUAACGAGCCCAUUUCAUUCUGGCCUUGUGGAUCUUCGAAAAUGUCGAAAUGCGUUCACUACUUUAUGCGAGUUAGGAUUUUGGGGCCGAAAAAUGAGAUCUUGAUCUAGGGUUUGUGAAGGUCACACCUUGGAUUUGGAUAGGGCGUUCCAGUUAGGGUUUUGGCUUUGAUCUCCCACGGGUGUAUGAGGCUUUGGUGUUGUUCUGGCGUUUGGGAAGAAAAAGAAGAAGCAAACACCAGAGGUGACAUGAAACAAGGGUUGCUUUCUACUGAGGCUGAAGGUAAGUCUGAAGAAUUAUCGUCUGCGGCUAUGGAAAAUGACCAACCUGGGUCUUCUCGAAUGGGGUUCUCAAUUGGGGACGACGUGGAGGAAGAUUUGUUUUUGAAUAUGGAAGUUGCCAGGGAUCGAAGAGGGAACGAGAUCACCGGGGAUGGUUCCACCCCAUGGGAGCUUGUGAUUGGAAAUUCUAGUUAUUAUGAACGGUAUGCCAGCGCCCGUGGUCAGGAUCCGAGGGAGAUUGACGAGUUGGGCUACGAUGAAGAAACUUCCUUGGGGUUUGGGAGAGGGAAUUGCGAUCGUGAUUUCCAGUACAAACGAGCUAAAGUUCUCUCCGAGUCUCUGGAAUUCCAUUAUGCAACUGCACUGUCACCAUGUCCUGAUACAUCCACUUCACCAGCUGAUGGGGCUCAAAAUAUAUCUCAGGGUUCUGUUCCUUCUGGCAAUGAGAUGGUCCUUUAUCUUAGUUUGGCACCAAAUGGUGGGGGUAAUAGAAAUCCUAUGGAUUCUAAUGGUGGAGGAGAUGAUGAUGGAGGUGGGAGCAAUACUUCUAAGAUAGAAGAUUUGGAAGUGAAGAUGGAUCUUACAGAUGACUUAUUGCAUAUGGUUUUCUCUUUCUUGGAUCACAUUAAUCUCUGCCGAGCUGCUAGAGUCUGCAGGCAGUGGCGUGCCGCUACUGCUCAUGAAGACUUCUGGAGGCGUCUGAAUUUCGAAAAUCGGAAUAUCUCUCCAAUACAAUUUGCUGACAUGUGUCGCCGGUAUCCAAACAUCACAGAAGUGAAUAUCUUUGGUGCUCUUGUUAUUGACAUACUUGUUAUGAAAGCAAUCACCUCCUUAAAGUAUAUCGAGACUUUGAUAGUGGGAGGGAAGGGGCAGCUCGAGGAUGGCUUUUUCCAUGCUCUAGCAGAUUGUUCUAUGUUGAGAACUUUGAAUGUUAAUGAUGCAAUUCUCGGUAAUGGUGUUCAAGAGAUACCAGUGUUCCAUGAUAGAUUGCGUCAUCUUCAAAUUACGAAAUGUCGUGUGCUUCGCAUUUCUGUGAGGUGCCCCCAACUGGAAACCCUUUCCUUAAAGCGUACUAACAUGGCUCAUGCCUUGCUCAAUUGCCCUCAAUUACAUGAAUUAGAUAUAGCUUCAUGCCACAAGCUCUCAGAUGCUGGAAUUCGUUCAGCAGCAACAUCGUGCCCUUUGUUGGCUUCAUUGGAUAUGUCAAAUUGUUCCUGUGUUAGUGAUGAAACAUUGCGUGAAAUAGCACUUAUGUGUCCUAGUCUUCGUGUUCUCAAUGCAUCAUACUGUCCCAACAUAUCACUUGAGUCUGUAAGACUGCCUAUGUUGGCAGUUCUGAAGCUUUGUAGUUGUGAGGGAAUAACUUCUGCAUCAAUGGCCGCAAUAUCUCACAGUUAUAUGCUUGAGGUUCUAGAGCUUGAUAAUUGCAGCUUAUUGACAUCAGUCUCCUUGGAUAUUCCUCGCUUGCAGAAUAUCAGACUAGUGCAUUGCCGCAAAUUUGUCGAUUUGAAUUUGCGAAGCCCUAUGCUUUCAUCUAUUACAGUUUCUAAUUGCCCUGCACUCCAUCGUAUCAAUAUCACCUCAAAUUUACUUCAGAAACUAAUGUUGCAGAAGCAGGAAAGUUUGAGCACCUUGUCAUUGCAGUGCCAGUCUUUGCAAGAAUUGGACCUCACUGAAUGUGAAUCUUUGACAAAUUCUAUUUGCGAGGUUUUUAGCGAUGGUGGGGGCUGCCCAAUGCUUCGAUCCCUUGUUCUUGACAACUGUGAGAGUCUGACAGCAGUGGAAUUCAAUAGUUCCUCCUUAGUCAGUCUGUCCCUUGUUGGUUGCCGUGCCAUGACUACUUUGGAACUCAGAUGCCCUAAUCUUGAGCAAGUCUUUCUGGAUAAUUGUGAUCAUCUUGAGAGAGCAUCAUUUUGUCCUGUUGGACUUCGGUCCCUUAAUCUCGGUAUAUGCCCCAAAUUGAAUGUACUUCGAAUUGAAGCUCCACAUAUGAUUGUUUUGGAGUUGAAGGGAUGUGGUGUUUUAUCUGAAGCAUCCAUCAACUGCCCUCGCCUAAUUUCUCUGGACGCUUCCUUUUGCAGCCAACUUAAGGAUGAUUGCUUGUCUGCAACAACUGCUUCAUGCCCUUUCAUUGAGUUGUUAGUAUUGAUGUCGUGCCCAUCCAUUGGUACAGAUGGGCUCUCUUCUUUGCGUCGGCUUUCUUGUUUAACCUUGCUGGAUUUAUCAUACACUUUCCUGGUGAACUUACAGCCAGUUUUUGAGUCCUGUUUGCAGUUGAAGGUAUUGAAAUUGCAAGCAUGCAAGUAUCUGACUGAUUCUUCUUUGGAGGCUCUUUAUAAAGAAGGUGCUCUCCCAGCCCUUCGUGAGCUAGACUUGUCUUAUGGGAGCCUGUGCCAGUCUGCAAUAGAGGAGCUUCUUGCUUGCUGUACACAUCUGACGCAUGUGAGCCUGAAUGGAUGUGUGAAUAUGCAUGACCUUAACUGGAGUUAUAGUGGUGGGCAGCUUUCUGAGUUGUCUAGCAUUGAUGGUUCAUAUGCAAUCUGUUCUCUAGAGAUCGUCCAGGAGCCAAUUAUGCACCCUGACCGUUUGCUGCAGAAUCUGAACUGUGUUGGGUGUUCAAACAUUAAGAAAGUUGUCAUUCCUCCAAGGGCCCGUUGUUUCCAUCUGUCAUCGUUAAACCUUUCUUUAUCUGCAAAUCUGAAGGAAGUAGAUGUCACUUGUUUCAAUCUGAGCUUUCUUAAUUUGAGCAAUUGUUACUCCCUGGAAAUUUUGAAGCUUGAUUGUCCAAAGUUGACUAGCCUCUUCCUUCAGUCAUGUAGCGUAUCUGAAGAAGUUGUGGAAGCUGCAAUAUCACAUUGUAAUGUGCUGGAAACACUUGAUGUCCGUUUUUGUCCAAAGAUCUACUCAGUAUACAUGGGAAGGUUACGUGUGGUAUGUCCCAGUCUAAAACGCAUCUUCAGCAGCCUCUGUGUACCGUAGUACAACCUCGAAUUGCAGUUAAAAUCGUAUGCCAUUAUCAAUGUCUACUGUAUGUUCGCAGUCCUGGCCUGCCCAGUUAGCUUAGUAAUUUAUCAUCAAAUGCUUGACUGUUGUACAUAGCCAAUUUUCCCUUGUUCUGUAUGUUUUGGUUUUUUUGAAGGGGGGGGGGGGGGAGGUUGGUGACUGUUGGUGUUUGCUGAGAGACGGAUCUGCCCUGGCCAUUGUAAACGAUAAAAUAAACCAUGUAUUAAUAUAGUUUUAUGAAUACCUAUUGUUGUUU